AUGACAAGUGCUGGCAACUGGAACCGCGAAAACACCAAACCCAAAAACUACAAUGCCGAUCUGUCCAUCAAGCAAGCGGCUCGUAUCUUGGUUCUGGGCAGCCGGGACGACCCUACCAUGGUUCGUGUCUUUGAGGACGAAACCAAAUUGCCGGAUCAGACUACCAUUGUCGGUGUAGGCACGAAACGAGACGAUUUCGAUUGGGAUGCGUUACGACGGGAACCACCCACUGUGAUCCUCGUGACGACCAAGGGGAUAAAAGACUUGCUGGCGGAACUGCUGACCACACCGGAAUUGGCAUCGUCCAUUCAAUGGGUCCAUGCCAAGUCUGCCGGAAUCGAACACUGUACAUCUCCCGCAUUGGCUGCCUCUACCGUCGUCAUGAGCAAUGCCAAAGGACACUUUUCGUCCACACUGGCAGACAUUCUGGAAUUGCGGGGAGCUACCAUGGGGAUUGUUGGAUACGGUGACAUUGGUCGUGCCACUGCCAAACUAGCCCAUGCUUAUGGGAUGAAAGUGAUUGCUCUCAAACGACGACGUGUUCUGGACGACGACAAGGAUGCCUAUUGCGAGAAAAUAUACUGUGCGUCGCAGGAUCCCACUGCUUUGAAUACGGUUUGCGCCGAAAGCGAUUACAUUUACGUGGCGGCACCGUUGACACCAGAAACCGAAGGAUUGAUUGGAACAGAUCAAUUAGCUGUCAUGAAAAGCAAUGCUGUUCUGAUCAAUGUAGGGCGAGGUCCCGUGCUGGAUGAAAAAGCAGUUAUUGAUGCCUUGACAAUGGCGAAAAUAAAGGGUGCUGCCUUGGAUGUCUUUGAGCAGGAACCACUUCCAGCAGAUAGUCCCUUGUGGAAACUCAAGAAUGUUUUGCUGAGUCCUCACAACAUGGACCAGACGGAUUCGUUCCAGCAUGAGGCCACAGACUUCUUUCUGGACGAGAAUCUACCGAGGUUUUUGCGAGGACUGCCGCUCUACAACGUAGUUGACAAAGCAGCGGGAUACUAG